AUGUCGACGGACCAUACCAUCUACUUAGAGGCUCAUGGGACCGGUACUCGAGUGUGUGACCCCGCGGAGCUCGAGGCAAUUUCCAAGGCUCUGGGUACCGACUCUCGGGAGAAGGAGCUUCUCGUUGGAUCGGUCAAGACAAACAUUGGCCACUCCGAGGCGGCGGCGGGCAUAGCCGGCUUGAUCAAGUGCAUCUUAGUGCUUGAGAACUCCAAGAUUCCUCCCACAAUUGGCAUCUGGAAUCUCAAUCCGCGAGUUCCUUCGAAACGAUGGAAUCUGCAGGUUGCGGAUAGGUUAACGUCCUGGCCUAGUAACGAUAAAAUUUGGCGCAUCAGUAUCAGCUCCUUUGGGGCAAGUGGUACCAUUGCUCACGUUGUACUUGACGGGAGUGAAGCUUAUUGGGAUGCGCAUAACUAG